CGCCUGCGCGGCGCGCACAGACACCGUCCACGGUCUGGUUCUCGUAGCAGAUGGUCAGCUCCACCUCUUCAUACUCCUAUUGUCAAGCCUUUUGAAGCACCGACCCCAGCCAGAAUUCCAGUAGGGGAUCUUCCCAGAGUUAACAGGGACAGAGGAAAAAUUGUAGAACUGUGGCCUCACAUCCUCUGUUGUUCAUAACCACAUCAGUCAAGAGGUCAGCAUCAAUCCCUGGAGUCAGUGGAAUUAAGUGUAAAACCAAAGUAAAUGAGAACAGCAUGACACUCUGUGUUCUAGGAACAGGAUCUACUGAUUUCACUCCCCUCUAUUCAUGGAAGCAGAAUGGAUCGUCUUGGCUGUGAAUUAAUUCUAAUGGGAAGAUUAGAUGCCAAUCAUAUGAAUGCACCCUCUUUGGACAUUUCCAUUUAUCAUAAUGGGCAGCACUAACUCCAGACAAAAUCCUCCACCCCCAUCAAAUAACACCUACGGGGGUAAAAAUGUGGAUACAUGUCAGAGAGAUUCAAAACAAAAUUCUGAAUUGUAUGACCUGUCUGUUGAAAUAGAAGAGCCCUCCACAACUGCUUCAGAAAUCCCCAACAGUGAUGAAGAUCCUGAGGAUGUUUUUUACAAGUUUGUGAUUCUGCAUGCUGAGAAUGAUAUAGAUGAAGCCAUCCGAGUCCAGCACCUGCUACAAAAUAAAUUUUGUGUUAAACCUGGAAUAAUCUUUGCAGAAAUGCCUUGUGGGAGACAUGUCUUAGAAAACUUAAAUGAUGCUGUUAAUGGGUCAGCAUGGACUAUUAUAUUGUUGACAGAAAACUUCCUAAGUGAGGCUUGGGUUGAGUUUCAGUCUUAUACUUCCCUGAUCAACGCUCUUAACAAACGGCAUAAAUACAACUCUGUCAUACCAGUAAGGCCACUGAAUAAUCCACUUCCAAGGGAGAAGACUCCUUUGGUCCUGCAGACUAUUAAUGCACUGGAAGAAAACAGUCCUGGCUUUGCUAAACAAGUAGAGAAACUUUUCCAGGAGUCUAAAUAUAGACAACAGCAAGCAAUAUGGAAGACAGAGAAAAUGAAAGAGAGGCACUAGCUGUUGUUAUGGUAGAAGACACAUGCAAAGACAGAUACUUAGGCAACCAUUGUGGAACAGAAGGAAUAGAAUUUACUUUUAUUCUUAUCAGAUGAGUGAAUUUUUUUUUUAACAUAUUAGCCUACAUGAGUGGAAAAUUCUCUCACAAAGGCAUAUUUUCACCUGAGUGUUUUUCAGCGUUAUUAUCCAAACAGUUUGUUGUUACCUGUCCUGAUGUACUACUUCUCCCUAUCCCUGUCUGUUUUGUCUUUAUACUGUAAGGUCUGCCUUCCUGUAAGACUGUACAGUUCCUCGCACGUUGUAAUUACUACUGGAAGCAGCAUAGUACUAACAGCUGCCACUGACAGCCAAGAGAAAUAGUACAGGAUCAUAUCCCAUAAAGAGGCUUCUACUGUAACUGACCCAGAAAUAUACAUAAAUUAGAAGUACUAGCCACUGUGAUGGAACCAGAGAGGUACAUUUUGCAUUCUACAAAAUAUAUGCUGCCAAGUUAAAAAAUGGACAUCUCAAAGUAUUCAGACAUUCAGUGUUUAUCAUAUUUGCAGUUGUUAAAUAGCAGUUAUUUUUAGGUGCCUCUAGAACUCAUGUUAAAAUGGAUGUAAAAUUUAAUAUAACCAUUUUUUUUAAAUUACUCUGGAAGGGUUAUUUUGGUUUCUAAAGAAAAUGCAGAAAACUGGCAAACUGGUACAUAAAGAAGUUGACUGAUGACUACCUGACAAAUGUGUCUGCCUGGGAGUUAUGAUGGUACAGAUUUAAAAAAUUAGACUUUUUUGUUUGUCAUAGGCUCAGAGUCUGUACUGAUUCAUGUCCUACUUUUAUAUUAAACACAUUCCAGUGCUAGUAUAAUGUGCUGUACAACAAAGUAUUCAGAAACUUAGAUGACUAGUGUGCAAUUAAAGAUAGAAACUGAAAUGUUGCGGUGAGGGGGAUGAAAGUAGUAUUCUGUAUGGAAACAAGCCCAGCAAAGACCCCCUAUUACACUACUGUGGCCUGUCCUGUUUACCUGCAUUUGCAUCCUAAGGGCUUGUGUUCAACUUAUUGUUCUAUAUCCAGGCUCUUAGUGAGUGAAGGUAAAGCAGUUAAAAGAAUUAUGACUCUACUGCUAAUUAAGCAAUACAGAAGCACAAGUUGAGUAUAUGGGAUUAUGUUUAAAGUUGACUACAUAUUCCUGAUCCACAAGAGCUGAGGAGUUGUUGCCAUGACUAUUGCAUUUGUGCAGAAGAAUCUAUUUUGCUUGCAUGGAUCUUAAAGCACUCAGUAACCAUCAUCUGUGCCUUGUCUUCUUUCCACAGGUCCUGAAUGUCAUGUUGUAAUACUGCCUGUCUUGUUUUAAAAGAGGAGACAGUAUGAUCUGUACUAGCAGGAAUGAAAGAAGGGCAAAAGAGGAAAGAUAUCAGGAACUUUUAGAAUAAGAUUGGUGUGUAUAAAAAGCCAUCCUCUUCCUGACAACAAACAAUACUCAAAAUCUAUGUUUAGAGAUAAGAUGGUACAGAUUACAACAUAGGUAACAAAUGCAAUGAUAAUAUUUAAAACAGAUGACUUAUUAACAUUUGAAAAUCGAUUAUGGAUAUGCCUGUGUAAGAGUGGAAGGAUGAUCUUGUGGUUAAAGACUGGGACAGAGUCAAUUCCUGGCUCUGCCACAUCUGCCUGUAUGACCUUGGUCAUAGGAGCAGAUUUUAAAAGGUGUCUAAGCACCUAAAGGAGUGCCCAGUGAAAUUUUCAAAAGCACCUAAGUGCCAAACUCCCAUUGAAAUAAAUAGUAGGUUUGAAGUGUUGUUGCAAUCAUGAUGGCCCAUUGAAAUGCAUGCAGUUUCCCCAUUAGACACUUAUCUCCAUGUUCAGGCACUUAGAUACCUUUAAAAAUCUGGUUGUUGGCUCCUGUGGCUCAGAUUUUUAUCUCUUAGGUAGGAAUCGUACUUUCUACUUCAGAGGCUUUGUAAUGCUAUGUGGACUAUUAUGCAUAAAGUUCUUCUCUGAUGGAUGAUACACAAAUGGAAUUUGGCAGUCAAGUAUUUAGUGUGUAUAAUUAUAUAUUUUAACUGUCUCUUGCAUAGAUUCUAACUGAUAGAUUUUAAUUUUCCUAUGCAGUGCCUGUUAAUACUGACAUCAUAAUACUAAAACGCUAAUUAAUCACAA